AUGGAGAUUUUCCUUUCUGCUGUUCUGGGUGAGCUGACUGCUAGAUCUAUAAACUUCAUCAUUGACGAUUGCUUCAAGCCUCAGGCGGAGACGCUGUGUGUUGCUGAAAGCCUGCAAAAGGCUCUCCUCCUGAUGCAGAUCAUCGUCGAUGAGGCCAUGGGACGGUACAUCACAAACCAAGCCAUCCUCCAGCAGCUAGACAUGCUGAGAGAUGCUAUGCACCGAGGUUGCUAUGCCCUCGACACUUUCAGGAAACUCUGCAAAGGGUCUCUGUUUCCCCAGAAGCGCACAGAACUUGGGAUGAUUACAGGAGGCACUUGA